UUCUUACUUUCUGCAGCCUCUUGUUCUUAUCUGAAAGAAAAAUGAACGGAUUUGCUGCAGUUCUUGUUUUGCUGGGAGUCUUCUGGACUCAGACUUCUGCAUUGGACACCUUUGUACUGCAAGAACCUGGCAAUGACUAUGUCACUGGAACUAUGACUAUCUACAAUGAGAACCACAUCGUUGAAGUCGAUGUCCGUUCUGGCCUGUACUCCUCCGAUACUAUUUUUGACUACUCACAUGGGUAUAUUGCAACAAGGUUAUUUUCACGAAGUGCCUGCUUUAUCUUGAAAAUAAACAAGGAAUACAUUCCAGAGCUGGAAGAAAUUGGACGCCUGGCUUUUGAAAGACAGACUAUGAAGAAAAUAUACUCUCCAAAUAAUGUGUGGGUACAGUUUCAAUCUGGCCAUUCUGUGUUUGGGAAUAUCAAAGACUGGCUUCUCUACGGUAAACGCAUUGAACAACUCUGCUCAGGUCUGCCUCUCUACAAGCUUGUAAAGACUCAACCACCACUGAAUACUCAUGGCUGUGCCAAUGCAGGAAUUCCAAGCGUUUUGGGCAUUAAAAUCUGUGAAAAAUUCAAUUAGGCUGGAUAUUGACAAUUCUGCUGCAUGGAAAUGGCUUGUUUCUGUGCAUGCUUUUGUGAUGGUCGCCAUGGUCUCCAACUGGAACAAAACUCGGUGUUAGACUCAACUUGCCUAUCCUAAGCUUUGAGUGCAACAAACCCAUGAUAUACAAAUAAAGAUAA